CCAUAACUGAAGAGGAAUUUCAACAUGUAGGCAUUUCCUGUCGCCGCACCUUCAGCAUAAACCGCAUUUUUUUUAAGAAACCGCAAACGGGACGUAAAGAUCCAGGAGGACGGGACGCUUUGACCCGAAAUCCUGCGCCGGUUUGGUGUUGAGGUCGGGAUUUCUCUCUGUCACACUGAGGCAGCAGCAUCCUCUCGCCGGAAUGAAACGGUGCCAGUCGGGAUAAUCCCUUUAUUCCCAGCAGGUUCUUCAGUUCCAGACGACUUCCUGGUCCAACACACCUGAGCGAACAUCCUUCGUCCUGCUGAUGACCUCAUCGUUUAACUCAGUCUGACUCCGGGUCUGGGAGGAACCAAUGGCUGCUGGCAUGCCGCUGUCGUUUUGUGGCGACAAGUUUCCCAGUGCAUACGGCAUCAACGCCAGUGUGCUCAACAAUGGCUGCUUCGUGGACGCCCUCAACCUGGUUCCUCACGUCUUCCUGCUCUUCAUCACCUUCCCCAUCCUCUUCAUUGGUUGGGGCAGCCAGAGCUCCAAGGUUCAGAUUCAUCACAACACAUGGCUUCAUUUCCCCGGACACAACAUGCGGUGGAUCCUCACCUUCCUGCUGCUCUUCGUCCAUGUGUGCGAGUUCGCAGAGGGCAUCGUCUCCAACACGACAAUGACCUCCAACCACCUCCAUCUCUUCAUGCCUGCCUUCAUGGGUUUCAUCGCUGCAACAACAUCAGUUGUUUACUACCACAACAUAGAGACGUCCAACUUCCCCAAACUGCUGCUGGUCCUCUUCAUCUACUGGGUGUUGGCGUUCAUAACCAAGUCCAUCAAGCUGUGGAAGUUUGCAGAGUUUGGCGUCUGGUUCCAGUACCUGCGGUUCUGCAUCACGGCCCUGUUGGUGAUCCUGUACGGACUGCUGAUGGCCGUGGAGAUCAACGUCAUCCGAGUCCGGAAAUAUGUUUUCUUCACCAACCCCCAGAAGGUGAAGCCGCCGGAGGAUUUACAGGACUUGGGCGUCCGCUUCCUGCAGCCGUUCGUCAACCUGCUCUCUAAGGCGACGUAUUGGUGGAUGAACCCUCUCAUUAUCAGCGCCCACAAGAGGCCGAUAGAGCUGAAGAAGAUCGGGAAGCUGCCCAUCGCUAUGAGAGCGCUGACCAACUACCUGAGGCUGAAAGACGCCUACGAGGAUCAGAGGACAGGCGAAGACCCGGAUCGAGCGCCGUCCAUCUGGCGCUCCAUGUACAGAGCCUUCGGCCGGCCGAUCCUGCUCAGCAGCACCUUCCGGUACCUGGCCGACCUGCUGGGCUUCGCCGGGCCGCUCUGCAUCUACGGCAUCGUUCGCAACCUGGGUGACAACAACAACAACACGUCGGCGAACAAGAACACGGAUGACCAUUUCCGUGUGUACUUCAUGGACACCACCGAGCUCCUGGAGAACAGCUACGUCUUGGCCAUCCUCCUCUUCCUGGCGCUGGUCCUGCAGAGAACCUUCCUGCAGGCGUCCUACUACGUCACCAUCGAGACGGGCAUCAACCUGAGGGGCGCUCUGCUGGCGAUGAUCUACAACAAAAUCCUGCGACUGUCCACCUCCAACAUGUCGAUGGGCGAGAUGACUCUGGGGCAGAUAAACAACCUGGUCGCCAUAGAAACCAACCAGCUGAUGUGGUUCCUCUUCCUCUGCCCCAACCUCUGGGCCAUGCCUGUUCAGAUUGUGAUGGGAGUGAUUCUGCUCUACAACUUCCUGAGCUGGAGCGCCUUAGUUGGAGCGUCGGUUAUAGUUCUGCUGGCGCCGGUUCAGUACCUCAUCGCCACAAAGCUGGCAGAAACUCAGAAGAGCGCCCUGGAACACUCCACAGACCGUCUGAAACAGACGACAGAGAUCCUGAAGGGCAUAAAGCUGCUGAAGCUCUACGCCUGGGAGGACAUCUUCUGCGACAGCGUGGAGCAAACCAGAGGCAAAGAGCUGACCAGCCUCAGGACGUUUGCUUUCUACACCUCCAUGUCCAUUUUCAUGAACGCUGCGAUUCCCAUUGCUGCCGUUCUUGCUACGUUUGGGGUUCAUCACUUCCUCACCAGCAGCAUUCCCAGUCCUUCUCAAGCCUUCGCAGCGCUGGCGCUUUUCCACAUCCUGGUCACGCCGCUCUUCCUGCUCUCCACUGUGGUCAGAUUUGCGGUGAAGGCUCUGGUCAGUGUGCAGAAGCUUGGUGAGUUUCUCCAGAGCGAUGAAAUCGGGGACGACAGCUGGAGAAAUGGAGAUAUAUCAGUUUCCCUGGACGUAGGGAAGAAACACCUGGGGAUGACCAAAGCCAUCAACAGGAAGCAGCCGAUGCGCUACCAGAUGGACAACUACGAGCAGCCGAGCCGGCGGGCGAUGAGGCCCAUCGAGACGGAGGAUGUGGCCGUAAAGGUGAGCAGCGGCUCCUUCACCUGGGGAAGCAACCAGCUGACCCUGUCAGACAUCAGCAUACGCAUCCCCACAGGUCAGUUAACGAUGAUCGUGGGUCAGGUGGGAUGUGGGAAAUCCUCCCUGCUGCUGGCCAUGCUGGGUGAGAUGCAAGCAAUCGAUGGAAGAGUUUUCUGGAGCAAGCUGCCUGAUUGUGAGAUGGCCCACGAAGGGAAUAUCAGUUGGUCAGAGACAGAGGACUCUGAGGAGGACGUGGGGAGCAAGAACAGGAACUCUGUAGCCUACGCUGCCCAGAAGUCCUGGCUGCUUAACGCCACGGUGGAGGACAACAUCACCUUUGGCAGUCCCUUCAACAAGCAACGGUACAAAGCUGUGAUCGAUGCCUGCUCCCUUCAGCCGGACAUCGACCUGCUGCCGUUUGGAGACCAGACUGAGAUUGGGGAGAGGGGGAUCAACCUGAGUGGGGGGCAGAGGCAGAGAAUCUGUGUGGCCAGGGCUUUGUACCAAAACACCAACAUUGUCUUCCUGGACGAUCCGUUUUCAGCGCUGGACAUCCACCUGAGCGAUCACCUGAUGCAGGAGGGAAUCCUGAAGUUUCUGCAGGACGAUAAGCGAACCGUGGUCCUCGUCAGCCACAAGCUGCAGUACCUCAUACACGCAGACUGGAUCAUAGCGAUGAAGGACGGCUCGGUCCUCAGAGAGGGAACCCUGAAGGACAUUCAGACUCACGACACGGAGCUUUACGAUCACUGGAAAACUCUGAUGAACAGGCAGGACCAGGAGCUGGAGAAGGAUAUUCAGCAGGACAGUCAGACGACUCUGGAGAGGAAGACGCUGCGCAGAGCGUUCUACUCCAGAGAACCGAAGAACCAGAUGGACGAUGAGGACGAAGAGGAGGAAGAGGAGGAAGAAGAUGACGAUAAUUUCUCCACCACAACCAGCAGACGGUCCAAGAUCCCGUGGAAGAUGUGCGGCUGCUACCUCUCCUCUGGAGGCUUCUUCAUGGUCUUCCUCAUGGUUUCGUCCAAGCUGCUGAAGCACUCGGUCAUCGUUGCCAUUGACUACUGCCUGGCUCUCUGGACUUCCACCAAUAAGACGAAAGCAAACCUUCAGACCGCAGCCAAUCAGACGCCAGCAUUCCUGCAGAACUGGACCGCAGCCAAUCAGACGCCAGCAUUCCUGCAGAACUGGACCGCAGCCAAUCAGACGCCAGCAUUCCUGCAGAACUGGACCGACUCCAUAAACUCAACUGAUGUUUCUCCUCAGCCUGAGCAGAACGUGUACUACCUGCACGUGUUUUUCGUCCUCUGCGCGGCAGGGAUCACCUUGUGCCUCAUCACCUCCCUCUCUGUGGAGUUUCUGGGUCUUUCUGCGGCCACCAACCUGCAUCACAACCUGCUCAAUAAGAUCAUCCACGCCCCCAUCAGGUUUUUUGACGUCACACCUUUGGGGCAGAUCCUUAACAGAUUUUCUGCUGAUACCAACAUCAUCGACCAGCACAUUCCUCCAACGCUGGAGUCUUUGACGCGGUCGACCCUGCUCUGCCUGUCCGCCAUCGGGGUCAUGGCUUCCAUCACUCCCAUCUUCCUCGUACCUUUGGUGCCGCUCGCCGUCGCCUUCUACUUUAUUCAGAAGUAUUUCAGAGUCGCCUCCAAGGACCUGCAGGACCUGGAUGACUCCACCCAGCUGCCUCUGCUCUGCCACUUCUCUGAGACCGCCGAAGGCCUCACCACCAUCAGAGCUUUCAGACACGAGGCGAGGUUCAAGCAGCGCAUGUUGGAGCUGACAGACACCAACAACACCGCCUACCUGUUUCUGUCUGCUGCCAACCGCUGGCUGGAGGUCCGAACGGACUACCUGGGCGCGGUGAUCGUCCUGACGGUGGCCGUCGCCUCCAUCUGGACCUGUCAGAAUGACGCCAAAGGCCUGGUGGGCCUCGGCCUGACCUACGCCCUCACGAUCACCAACUACCUGAACUGGGUUGUGAGGAACUUGGCCGACUUGGAGGUCCAGAUGGCAGCGGUGAAGAAAGUCAACAGCUUCCUCGGCACAGAGUCCGAGAACUACGAGGGAUCGAUGGACGCCUCGCAGGUCCCUGAGAACUGGCCUCAUGACGGUGAGAUAAAGAUCCACGACCUGUGUGUGCGCUACGACCCCAUGCUCAAGCCUGUGCUAAAGCACGUCAACGCCUACAUCAAGCCGGGCCAGAAGGUGGGAAUCUGCGGCCGCACCGGCAGCGGGAAGUCCUCUCUGUCGCUCGCCUUUUUCAACAUGGUGGAUAUUUUUGAAGGGCGGAUCGUCAUCGACGGGAUCGACAUCUGUAAGCUUCCCCUGCAGACGCUCCGGUCUCGACUCUCCAUCAUCCUGCAGGAUCCGGUUCUGUUCAGCGGCUCCAUAAGGUUUAAUCUGGAUCCAGAGCGCAUGUGCACUGACGACCGCCUGUGGGAGGCGCUAGAGAUCGCUCAGCUGAAGAACCUGGUCAAAUCGCUUCCUGGAGGACUCGAUGCCGUUGUGACAGAAGGAGGGGAAAACUUCAGCGUCGGGCAGCGGCAGCUCUUCUGUCUGGCCAGAGCCUUCGUCAGGAAGAGCAGCAUCCUCAUCAUGGACGAAGCCACGGCGUCCAUCGACAUGGCGACGGAAAACAUCCUGCAGAAAGUCGUGAUGACGGCGUUCGCAGACAGAACCGUCGUUACGAUUGCACACCGUGUCCACACCAUCCUAACCGCUGACCUGGUCAUUGUGAUGAAGCGAGGAAACAUCCUGGAGUACGACACACCGGACACUUUGCUGGAGCAGGAAGAUGGGAUGUUCGCUUCCUUCGUCAAAGCCGACAUGUAGACUCCAACAACCGACGGAUCGGUUUUAUCCUCGACUCUUUAGUUCAAACUCAUUUUUGCAACAAUUUUGAAACACAGAAACAUCACGUCUAAACCGACGAUGCAGCAGGAAGCUGUGGACAAGCUGAAACUGGACGUGUUAAUCCAGUUAAUCUCAUCUUGGAUCAGCAUCAUGCUCACAAUCUGUGGGAAAAGUCUCACAUUAAACACAGACGUCUCGUUACUUCAGUUAGUUUUAUACAUCAUCUCUAAAGGUUUUGAACAUCAAUGGGGUUUUCAGUAAAACUGCAGUUAUCAGGUGUUUGUUAGUAAUUAGAUCUACUAGAUUAAAUAAAGAGGUAGAAUAAAUUCAAACCCCAAAUUAUUGUGAAGUCUAGAUAAUUUAGCCUAAAUCUUAGUUGUGCAUUUUCUACAAAAAAUAAUAAUUUAUACACAAUAAAUUUAAUUAAACCUGAAAGUGGAGAAUUAAAAUAAAUGUACUACAUUAAAGGCUGUAGUUCCUUGUGUGGUUAUAAGUUUGUCCAACAUUAGUAGUGGGUGGGCAGUGCUAACUAAAAAGCUAGCUGUGCUAACCCUAAAUCACUAAUCAUAAACAUUAGCUCUGCUAACGCUAAGCAGCUACACCAGCCGGGUAUGUAACGCUAAUGCUAAAGCGCUAAGUUUAAUGAUGAUGAUCCCCACUGUGUGUCAAUAACAUGAGCUACAUCAUAGAAUAGCGCCCUCAACUGGAUCAAAUUUGUCAUUACACACUUCUGUUUGCGCUACAGGAAAAGAUUAUUUGAAACAAACCUCUCACUCAUGGUUUCAGUUUUAUAGUUGCUUUGCUAAUACUGCUGCAUAGGCGAAAGAGUUUCCCCCACUUCAAAGUCGUUAGCCAAACAGUCAACAAUUAAAACUUCACUCGCAUGUUGAGCUUUAUUUUAAUUAGCUCCACGAUUAGCGGGAGUGUCCCCAUCAGUGUUGACGGGCUUCUCCAAUCUAGAAUGUUGUCAAUAUUUCUCUAUAAACUCUUAUUCUUGGUUUCACGACCAAUAAAAAUGCCUCCAAAUAUGUCCAAGAUUAAGACUGACAUGCGGUUAAUUGCAUUUAUUUUGUUUUAUUUCUUGUUUUCAGCAGAUUCUACAAAAAACAAAGGUUGAAUUACUCCAGAUAGAAUUCAAGAUUUAGCAUCUUUGAACUGCAAACACACUCAGGAAGACGUGCGUUAAUCCGCCACAUUAAAUUGUCCCAGAUGAGUUCAGUGUUUCUUUAAAGGUUUCAAAACCUGCUGUCACUGGUUUUUGUGCCUCUUGGAUUUUUAAACAUUUAGUGAAAUUUACCCUGAUAUUGGUGAUCCCGGACGAGCCCCCAGUUGUUUUACCUCUUUGUCUUGCUGAGUUUGUACAGGCUUUUAGGACCUUUUGUGAUGUCAUUCUUUUUAAACUGUUUAACUUUUACAUAUUGCAACACUUUUAGACUUUUAUCAAUUUUUACACAGAUGCUAAGCAAUAAUAAUGCAGAAAGUUUGAAUGUUGGCUGGUGUUUGGUACUUCAUGCAGUUUUUCUCACUGUGAAGGAAGUUUUUAUUUUGUUUUUAUUUUACUCUGUUUAUUCUAAGAUUCUGCCACAGAAAUACGACUGAUAGAGGAGACUGAACUGGUUCCUCAUGAGGAGGAAGAGGAUGAAGCCUGAGCAGCAGAUUGUUAUAUAUUUGGUUACAUUGUCUGUUAGUGACAAAAGAUCAGAAACUGUUUUCAAACAAAAAAGAUUAAUAAUUACCUGAAAAUAUUCCUUCUAAUCUUUUCAGUCUGUCAUGAUGAAUAUUGCUCCUAGUAUGGAUUAUUUACCAUGAAGUAGUUUUUGAUAUGGGCAGUUGUCCAGGGUGGAAUCAGGAAGGGGAGGACAUGAGCACAAUAUAAGAUAAUUAGAGUUGGUACUUUGACACGUUAACUUUGAUUAAUUAAUUACCAAGAAUGGGUUAAAAUUUUAACAUAAUCGUUUGUUGUUGUUUUUUUAGGUGGGGGGGUUGUCAGUGAUUCCUGAAACCGGAACCUUUGAAUUUCCAUGUUUCUGGUAUGGCUGUAAAUCUAACACACAGUAAUGGACAACAAAGUCGCUUCUCUCAGCCCACUGCGGGUUAAUUUUUGCUUCUAAAACGAUCUGAUUGGAAAAGACUAUUGUUGUGUUCAUGUUGUGCUAAAAUGAGUUAACGAAUCAGCGAAGCUAUUUAAGCCUAAUGCUAAUUGUGCUAAUGCUAAUGGUAGCGUCCACAGUCUACAUUUCUAAAGAUGCUCCGUGAACAGAUUAAAAGCAAUAAAUAUCUUUAUUGAGCUCAUUUAAUUCAAUAAUUUGGCAACAAAAAGUUUAACUGAAAUGUUUAUUUUGUUAUGUUGGUUUUGAUUAAUUACAAUUAACUGAUUUCAGACCCUAAAAUUAACUCCAUUAAAAAUGUCAAUAUAGUCCCACCACUAAAAUAAUACAACUUAAAUAUUUGAAGUUGCAUAAUUGGCAUUUUUAAUUGAAAAAAUUAACUUCUCGCUCUGAUUUAUUAAUUUUUUUGUUAAGCAUCAAACCUUCUGGACUGAAACAAUCUGUUUCACCUGCAGCGUGUUUCUGCUGCAUGUUGUCGCUCAGUCGGUCGUAUUUCUGUGCAGACGUCAGUGCGAACACUGUAAGGCGCCGCGGCUCCGCCUGCAGCCGCUGACCCUGCUGUCUGUCUGCAGUCGUGCUUUGCUGAGCGUUUUUGGCUUUCGGUACCUGAGAGGUGAUUUUCUGUAAAGUCUAAUUAAAACUUUUUCUAAUAUGAUUUUUAAAAAUUAGGUUCAUUUAGUUAGAAAUAAAGUUGAACUUCUGGAAGAAACUUUUAUGAAUAAUGAUUGGUUAAAUUUUACUGGAAAGUUUUUUGUGAUUUAAAAAGACAUUUUGUUGCAUCUUUUGUUUUACCAACUAAAAACUUUCUAAUGGCCAAUUUAACCUGCUGCCAGCAUUUUAUAUAUUUUUUAAAAUAAAAAAACAAGAUUGUAUUUCUGGAA